AUGAAAUCAGUGGCUGAAGAUGAUGUAAUUUACAGAACAAUCGAUAGCGCACUGCAGUGUGGCUGCAGACUUAUAGGUAAGAGAAGUCAGGUUCACUGCAGACUGUUUGCAGAAUUUAAAAGUGUCUCAUAAGGUAGUCAAUGCAUAGAGUAUUACCCCGUGAGAAGGGGGGUAUGUACUGCCAUAUACAGCUAUUUCAAGAAAGGUUGUCGGAAAAAAUGUGCAUGCGACAAUCCCGAAAGGUAAUAUGGGAUAUGUUCAAUACACUGUUCCUGACACUGUAGCUGUCGAACCUACUUUUGUUGCUUUCCUUUAGCACUAGCAGACAUAUGUCCAUGACCUCUCCUGCCAUUCUUUCAAAUUUCUUUGAAAAACAGUGCACUCAAAACCACCCACAAUACCUGUCGGGGUUGUCGCGUGCACUUUAUCCAACAACCUUUCUCGAAAUAGCUGUAUAGGCUAUAUACAUACCUGCCAACCCCCGGAGUACAAAAAACUGGAGACGUCUAGAAAUCUUCAACAAUGUCUGAAUACUCUCCAAAAAUCACCCGAAGGCCUUCCUAAUGUUCCCAACAUCAAUAACAGCGUGUGAAAACCGCGCCAACUUUCUACCAAGUAUUGUGCAAUUUGGUUGGUUAAUUUCUGACCAAUUAUGAUACUCGUUAAAUAUACAUCAAUUUGAUUGCUCUGUUUUACAUUUUCCGAUCAAGAACAGCUCAAAUAAGAGGACUAAAUUCACUUCUUGUUUCAUUUUCCUUUUUGACUUCUCAAAAAUAACAAAAUUAAUCAAAAAAUUCAUAAAAAGGGGGCGGUAGGUAUUUCCGGGAGAUUUGGUGCUCUAACUGGGAGACCGGGAGAUCUGAUGAAAAACUUGGAGACUCCUGGGAAAACCGGGAGAGUUGGCAGGUAUGUGUAUAGGUAUAUGCUGCUGCAAAGUGUAUGGUUUAGAUUUAGGUUUACUUGCAACUCAUUAAGCUUUUGUGCUGAACUGUGCUGCUGACCUCAGUACUUUUUGAAAAAUAGCAACUCUAGGAUAGGCCAUAGGAAGGUAUUUUAGGAGUUUAGUCUAGUAAAGGGCAGCAAAGUUCAGGUGGGCUAGGUCCAGUGUAGGCCAGGGGUUCCACAGUCCCAGCAGCUCAUCCCUAUCCAAGAAUUCUUAAGGUACCUCCCCCAGGGACAUUUUACAUUAAUGACAUGAUUCUUGAGUGCUCAUUAAUCAGGGGCUAUGGUCUGUGAGAGCAUUGACAAAGUUUUCAAAUUAUGGCAUAAUGAUGACACAAUGUGUUUUUUUCUGUUACUCGCACACAUUUUCCAAGAAAGUUCACCAGAAAUGGACACAGAGACAACAAUUUCCAUUGUCUAGACUCCUAACGGCAACAGAAAUGUGUUGCUUCAGUAAAUAUCCAUACUGUUUACACAGUGGUUUUUUUUUAUCCUGCAACCUCUUUGAAAUUCCAGUUUAGCUUCAUACUUUCCAUUAAAAAGUUUGGUCCUCAAGACCCCACGUUUGUCUUAAGCACUUAUAGGCACUGAGAUGUUUUAUGCACAAAGGGAAACAGUGUAACAGAACUUGUCAUACAGUCGACUCCUGGUAACUCGAACCCUCCACAACUCGAACCUCCCGUUAACUCGAAGUAAUUUUCAUUUCCCUUCAGAUCAUUUUCCAUAUAAUUUUACCCUUGAUUAACUCGAACUCCCGAUAACUCGAACUUUUUUCUAUUUCCCUUGAAGGUUCGAAUUAUCGGGAGUCGACUGUAUUUCCUUAAGCCUUUCCAUAAACAACAAGAAGUGACAAUAACAAAAUAUUAAUUUCCCGUUAUCAUAUUGUAGUCUCAUGCACAAUGAGUUAAGGCUUUGAGUCUUGAUUAUUUUUUGCUUGCUGUAAACAGACACAGCUGCUGUUUAUCGGAAUGAAGCAGAUAUUGGACGUGCACUAAAAGAGCUUCUACCAAAGUAUGGCCUUUCCAGACAAGAUGUCUUCAUAACAAGCAAACUGUGUGAGUCUUUGGAAUUUCUCUAA